UCACCAAUCACAGGGCUUGUUACAGAUCAUCACCCAUAAACAAACAAAAUGGCGGAAAACGUGGAUGGGCGUGUUCCAGCACUAAGAGUAAGCCAACUGGAUGCUGCUGAGUUAGAUCAGGAAGUAGUACAACUGACCAAGACACAGCUCAACAAAAUUUUUAAAUACCACCAGAGCAGCUUUUUGACAGCAUAUGACCCAGAAAUAAACGCCCUGCUCAAGUUUGUACUCUGGAAGUUUUCCAUCCACCAAUGGGAUGCCUCCAUUGGGCAGCAGAUCCUCAACAUCAGAUAUGGAAGCAACAAGGCACCCCAAGCAUGGAUGUCCAGCCGCCAGAAGUGGUUAUAUGCCCUCAUUCUCAUUGGCUGUCCCUGGCUACGAGACCGAUCACAUGACCUCGUCAGAUUACUUCGCCUGGAGAAUUGGGAGGAUAGGAUAGAGAAGUACUUGCAGUGGGCAGAGACGACCCUGAAGGUGGCAGCACUGGUCAACUUCCUCAUGUUCCUCCGUCGUGGAGGCUACCUCAGCGUGGUGGAGAGGAUUUUGGGUGUUCAGUCGAUGUUCCCGCAGAGGCAGGGCCUGAGACAGGUCAGCUUUGAGUACAUGACGAGGGAGCUGCUUUGGCAUGGCUUCUCGGAAUUUUUGUUCUUUGCCCUCCCACUAGUCAACUUGCAGAGAAUCAAAAACACUGUGGUACGUUGGACAUUCCCACGUCGGACAACACAGCACCCUCUGGUGGAGAGAUCCCGACACCAUCUGACUUCGUGUGGUGUGUGUGGGGAGUGGCCGGUUGACCCCCAAGAGAUCGGCUGUGUACAUGUGUUCUGCUACUACUGUAUACAUAGCAACUAUAAAGCAGACCCUGGUUUAACCUGUCCCCUGUGUAAUAAGGACAUUCCCGACCGUGACAGUAUUCAGUCUGUCCGACUCCGGAUACAACCACAAUCCUGAUUGGCUGGAAUAUGUUAAGCUUUACCAUGCAUUUAUUAAAAGGAGACUAUGUUCUGUGGUCUGGGCAUCUAAAUGCAAAUACUGCAAUGUGUGAAAUAAAAUAUUGUCUAUGAAUACAUCAGA